AACCGGCUACCUUCUUGCACUGCCACUCCCGCUCCAUUUCCUCUUGCGCUUCUUUGCUUGUCGCAGACCAAACCCAAGCUUUAAUUCUCCAUUUGCCGCUAUAAGUAGCAACAACUAGCCCAGCAGCUGGACACCAAACCAUCACUUCACUCGCCACCAUCAAAGCUUCUCGCCGACACAUACACCUCAAUCCUCUCACACAUACUAGAACUCAAUUAACCGCGCGCGCGUCCAUCGAUCCAUGGCCGACAAGCCGCCCCUGCCGCCGGCGCCAGGCAUGACGACGAAGCCCAAACAACCCAAGCCAUCCGCCGUCGCCGCUCAAGCCCCAACGACGAGGCCGAUGCCGGCGCCGGCGCUGAAGAAGCCGCCGCCCCUCGCGCCGCCGCGGCAGGGGGUGCCCCCUCUGAAGCCUCCACCAGCGCACCACUACCGCCAGCACCAGCAAGCUCCGACGAGGAAGCAGCGGCACCACCGCGGAAGCAGCUGCUCGUGCCGCCGCGUGUGCUGCGUGGCCACGGGUCUCGUCCUCCUCUUCCUCUGCCUGGCCUUCGCGGCGUCCUGCCUGGCCUACCUCUACUACCACCCACACCCGCCUUCCUUCCACCUGCAACCCAUCUCCCUCACCCGCUUCAAAAUCACCAACUCCACGGCCGUCUCCGCCAUGGACGUGACCGUGAGAGCCAAGCUGGUCUCCUGGAACCCCAACGACAGGGUCGCCUUCGAGUACGCCGGCAACGGCGCAGAGGGCCGCGUCGCGCUCGCGGAUGCCGACGGCGACGUGGAGCUCGGCUGGGGCCCCGUAGUCCUGGGCGGCCAGGGCGGCGGCGCCGCUGGCUUCGAGCACGCACCCAGGAGCGUGGCCGCGCUCGGGUUCGUGGCCGCGGCCAAGGGGGUCGUCGUCGACGAGGCCGUGGCGGGCCGCGUGCGCGACCGGUAUCGGCGCCGGCAGCUCGCGUUCAAGGUGGUCGUGGACACACAUGUCGGCGUGCGGCUUGCGGGGUUGGCCCUGCGCACCGGCAUGGUGCCCGUCAGGGUGUUCUGCGACGGCGGGGUCAUGGCGCCGCGCGGGAGCUCUGCUGCUGGGAGCCCCAUGAGCAAGUGCCAGGUCUACCUCUUCAGAAUGAAAUGGUUAAGCUUGAACUGAAGGUGGAGUUGCCUACGACAUGUUUAGGAUCGAUCAUAUAUAGUCGGUGGUGUCGAAGCUGGAGAUGCGCUAACUUAUAUGUGUUUUCUGCCGAUGAGAUGAUGAUUGGUUUGCCUGGAACUUGAUUGCGGCGAUUCGAGUUCGUCCUGAUCGACAGUUCCAUAUGUUAUCGAAAACUCUGGACUGGAGCAUGUAAGAAACCCUAACGAAGCAAAGCUUGUAACUGUAUAUUACUCCCAUAUGCUGGCCUGCUCCCAAUUCUUUUGUUUCUGUGGUAUAUAUACAUGCACAUGCAUAUAUAGCAGGAGUGAAACGAUCGUUCAUGCGUGUGUCUGUUCUUUCUUGUUAGCGCCUAUUUCCAGGAUUGAAGUGAUUGUAUAGUGACUCA